AAAAGAGAGAAAGGGUAUACAAGGGCGACCGCGUGGUUCGAGCAUUUAUCAAUCUGAUUUCGAGGGAAAGUUUGCGAUCGACCAGAACGAUCCCGAUUGUUCAAAGCAUCUAUUAUUCUGUAAUCGGCGUUACGCGAAGGAUAGUAACCGGAAGAGAAGUUUCUUCGAGAUCGCAACGCAUACGCGCUUCUGUACAGAAUUUUUCGUAGGUUGUUGCGAAUAUUUCCAAGAUAAAAGAAGAAGAAGAAAUUCUGCACUUGUCGGCUUCGUGAAAAUUCAAGUAUUGUUGUUUGAUUUACACAUAAGCUGUACGUUAAGGAAAAAAAAUUGCUUAUAAUUUUAGGGUCGUGUAACGUGUGUUAGCGAAGCAUGCUUCUAAGUAGAAAGAUAGGACAAUGCUAUAACAAUAAUUAUUAUAAUUAAAGCGAACUAAGGAUAUAAGGCAUUUAAUAAGUGCAAAGUAUUUCUUAAUAAAAAGUACUUCCAAAAAGAACAAACAACGAGGCUGCUGCGUUCAAUUAUUAUUUUUUUUUAAGAUGAGACACCGCGAGUCGAUCUCCGGGACGGAGGUGGAGGUGGAUCGCGAAAAGGAUGAUCGUAGGCGGUUUAAUUUCGGUUCGAAUAUUGGAGGGGGAUAAUUGGGAAAUUUUGGGUGAAACGAGCGAUGAGUGAGCAGUCGAAAAAGAGGAUCGAGGGAAGAUAGAAGCAAGUUUGCGCAGGCGGCACCGAGCGAGCGCCGAUGCGAGCGUAAACGACCGUUCGGCACAACUCGAAUCGAGUUCUUCGAAGCGAAAAUUGCGCAGUUGUCGCGAGAUUUCCUGCGCACACUCCCGCGCGUUCCCUUUGUGUUAUUUUCGGGCGGAAUCACCGUUCGAAGCUUUAAAUAGGACUGACUUUCCGACAAAGAAGGCAGUUCGCAAUACUGGUCCUACAUGCUGGAGCAUCGAAGAUUGUUCGCUAUGCCUUCCGAAUGCAUCGCCAAUCCGUUGCAGCGAGAGCUGGCCGAUUCCAUAAUCCGUUUACAGCCACUCGACGAGAUUCGAAUUCUGCUGGCAUGCGGAGCGAAGGCGAACGAGCCGGUGACGCAGGGUUUGAGGCCGUUGCAUUACGCGGUGUGGCAGCGUUACACGGAGGCGGCGCAGCUGUUGCUAGUCCGCGGCGCGGACAUUGACGCGACCGACGAGUGUGGAUACUCGGCGUUGCAUCUAGCCGCCGAGCACGGUUAUUUCGAUUUGGUGAAACUGUUGCUCGAACAGGGUGCCAAAGUCGAUCAUCGUAAAGACACGGGAGAACUUUUUCCAAGGACGACGAUUUGCGACGAACCGUUGCGGCUGGCUCUGAGAAAUCGUCACGUCGAAGUGGCGAGGAUCUUGCUGGAGGCUGGCGCGAAUCCGAACAAGCGCUAUUUCUUCGGUUCCGAGAUCAAUCUGGUUUCACCGUUGGAUCUCCAGUGCAUGGAAUUGUUGUUAGCGUUUGGUGCCCAACCGAACACGAGGGACCGCGCGGGUCUGACGCCGUUGAUGAAAGCCUCGAGAUUGCCGCAGGGCAUAGCUUCGGUGCUGCUUUUGCUCAGCUACGGCGCGGACGUUAACUCGAUGGCGGAUUCGCGACACGACUACCGAACGGUGCUGCAUUACGCGAUCCUCGGCGGUGAUCCAGCGGUCAUCGAUCUCUUAUUGAAGCAGGGUGCACGGCUCGAUCUCGGACCGGAAUAUCAGAAACCCACCGCUCUCGACCUGGCUAUUCUCAAGGGAGAUCCCUCGAUCGUUCAAAUGCUGUUAAACUCGGGUGCCGACGUGAACGCUAGUUCCCCGAUCAUCGGUUCUCCGUUGCACGUCGCAUGCGCGGACAACAUUCCAAACAGAUUGGAGAUACUGUCGAUGCUGUUGGAACGAGGCGCGGAUCCUAACUUGGUGAUACGAAGCGACGAGGGUCCCGCGCUGCGUCCGGUUCUCGCCGAGUACAUCGCAUCGAACGAGAAUCCGUCGGUCGCCGUGGUGGCACUUCUGCUCAAGUAUGGCGCCAGGGUCGUCAUUAAGACGCAGUUCCGCGAUCCUCACGGUAUCCUCAACUCACUUCAGAACACGGCGGAUAAGCCGCGGCUGUUGAAGGCGUUGCUGGAGGCGGCGGAAAGUUUCGAUCCCUGCAUGAUACGGAGAUCGAGCAGCCUGACGGACGCGCAGAGGGCGUUGAUGAUGGAAGCGGCUAGGACCCCUUUGCCCUUGACUCACCAGGCAAGGCUAAUCAUUCGCAGGCUCUGCGGCACCAAGUUACCGAAACUUGUUUGCAAACUUCAGAUACCUCAGUCGCUGCAUCGCUAUCUUCUCUACGAUUUUCAUUGAACAAAUUUCCCAUCCUGCGAGAGGACAACCGCGACACCUCCUCUCGACAACCAACGACGCGAGCCGCUGCGUUUCUAACCUUUUCGUCCACGCAACAGAAACGAUAAGUUUCUAUCGCUUCCGCCCGGUCUUCCAGGGUAUACCUUACCUCGAAACACGGCUGUGUCGAAAUUUUCGUCAUCGCUGAACGUGCGUUCGUUUUGUACGUAGACGAACAAACCCGGACUCGUGUCCGCGACACUUUUGUACCUUUAUUUACGCGUGCAAUUUUUACUUAGGUAUGAUAAACAUGCACAUGUUUGCGUACAAAUCAUCGUAUAUUGUUAUUUAUACAUAUAUAUUUAUAAAUAUGUAAGAAGGAAUAAACGCCAUACGUGCAAGUUGUACAUAUACGUGUGCGUGUGAAUUAAACCGAAGGAGUUCUAUAUAAUAAAUGCCUAGAGAAAAGUGUGCGUGUAAGAAAGUGGAAUGUAUAUUCUUGUACAUGUUUGAUAUAUGUAUUGUUACAUUCGUGCGAAUCGAAGAGCGAAAUAAUAAACGAAGGAUAUCGAACAGAUCGAAUAUAA